AUGCAAUACUGCUUACUCUUAGAAAUGAGUUUUCUGGAUAUAUGCAGUGGCUGGCAUUUGGAAUCGAACAUGUUAAGUCUGGUAAACAUUCUCUUAGAGAAGUGUUAGUUGAAUGGAUUGCAAAGGAUAGUCUUCCAUUUAUUACCAUCGAAUCAGAAAGCUUUUCUAAGUUAUUUGAAAUAAUUAGAAAUAUCAAAGACCUUACUAAAAAGCAUGUUAGAAAAUAA